AUGUCAAAAAGUUGUAAACGCAAAGGUGUGGUAACAAUUAAUCGUCGUAUUGACUACGAAUCACUAAUUGUUAAGCAGAUCAAAUUUUCCGUCGAAGCCGUUGGUCAGCCAGCAAAAGGUUCAGAGGAAUAUCUUGGCGGAGAAAAGUUCACCUCAGUGGCAAACAUUUUAGUCUCUGUUGUUGAUGUGAACGAUAACUCGCCCGUUUUUCUGCAGGACAAUUAUCGAGCAUCCGUUCUGGAGACAGCGAAAUGGCCUCAAAUUGUUCUAACAGUUUCUGCUACUGAUCGUGACUCUGGACCUUUUGGUUCAAUAGGCUAUCACCUAUCAGGAGAUGGUUCUGAUAUGUUCGAGAUUAAUAAUCGAAGUGGAAUUCUCAGAAUUCGACAAGGGGCCAACCUUGACCGGGAAAGAAAAUCGAUUUACAAUUUACAAGCAACAGCAAUUGACAAUUUCCGUGAGGAAAGUGACAAAAAUAGCGACGAUUCAAUUGUCUCAAUGAAAUCGCAAGGUAAUGGAUUUCGAGGUGGCAACAGGAAAACUACAGUUUCUGUCGUGAUUGAAUUGAUCGAUGUUAAUGAUAACUCACCAAAAUUUUCGCGUGAUUUGUAUGAAAUUAUUGUCCCUGAAAGCGCUCCCAUUGGGUCUCGUGCUGGAUCAGUAUCAGCAAUCGAUCCUGAUGAAGGUAGAAAUGGACAAGUUUACUAUGAGAUCGCUUUCCUUGAAAACUUUCCCGAUCCAAGGGAAGAGCUGUUUACCAUUGACCGAUCAACCGGUGAACUAUUUGUGAAUAAAUCGCUUUCGGGAAAAGGUCGAAUCGAUCCUUAUAUUAUUCAUAUUGUUGCUCGAGACUCAGGUCGUGAAUCUUUCUCAUCACAUACCAAAUUCUCAAUAAUAAUCGGUGAUAUCGCUGCAAACGACGGUGUCCCAAGGUUCGUACGACCCGCUGAAAAUGAAAUCAUCUAUCUGACUGAAAACAAAAUUACUCUUUAAUUCUAGUCGCUUUUGAUCUUGGUAAUCCACCUCAAGAAUCCCAACGAAUUAUGGUAAUCCGAUUGAACGAUACUGAUGAUAACUCACCUCAUUUUAAUCGAGGUGUCGGCGAUUCUCCAAUGACUUGGGAGAUCGACGAAGAGCAACCGAUUGGUUCAUUAAUUGGAACUCUAAAAGCAAUCGAUGAUGAUAUUGGCUCCAAUUCGAUUAUCCAAUAUUACAUUAAUUACAAGUCAGUUGAA